AUGGAUAAACAGCGACGCUACCGUCGACACAAAGGCCUCGGCCACGCCCGCCUCUCAAUCAUAGAUCUCUCCCCAACCGGCCUUCAACCCUUGCACAGUGAAGACGAGAAAGUUCACGUCGUAGUCAACGGCGAGAUCUACGACCACGUCGCCAUCCGCGGCCGCUGCAGCGUCGAGUUUGACUACAACUUUUCCGGACGGAGUGACAGUGAGGUCAUUCUGGCCCUGUAUCAACACCACGGGGUUCCCGGGCUCUUUGAACAUUUGCGCGGCGAGUUUGCUUUCGUCUUGUACGAUGAAAGGUCUGGGGACGUCAUCGCUGCGAGAGACCGAUUCGGCAUCAAGCCUCUUUUCUGGACAUACAGUAACGAGACGCCAGCCAGGCUAUUGCUUGCCUCGGAGAUCAAAGGGUUUCUGCCCAUGGGGUGGGAGCCUGAGUGGGAUGUCGAUGCUAUAUCUAGCGGCGCGGCUGUUUUGGGCGAAGGUACGUUGUUUAAGGGGGCGAAGAAGGUGUUGCCGGGGCAUUGGGUGCGGUUCGGUCGAGAUGGCAGCGUGACGCAGCAUCGGUAUUGGGAUGCCGAGUAUGCUGACAAGACUGUCAAGGAGGCACGCAGCAUGGAUGAUAUGGUCAACGGAGUUCGCGAGCGCUUGGUAAAUGCCGUCCGUCUCCGCCUACAAGCCGAUGUCCCAGUCGGAAUCUACCUAUCAGGUGGUCUCGACUCAUCAAUCGUAGCGGGAAUCACAACUCAGCUGGUGCGAGAGAGGGGAGUGAAGUUGGGAAACCAGGACAUCAAAGAUAGGAUCACUUGUUUUAGCAUCUCCUUCACAUCUGAUUCGGAGUACAACGAAUAUGACAUUGCAAAACGCACCGCGGAAUGGCUCGAUCUGAACAUAGUUAAGAAAGUCAUGGACGAUGAAGAACUCGCAAAGCAUUUCGCCGACUCUGUAUACCACACCGAGCACCACCACUUCGACAUGAACAGCGUCGGGAAGUACGCCCUCUCAAACCUACCUCGUCAGCAAGGGAUCCCCGUUGUGCUGACGGGCGAGGGGGCAGACGAGCACUUUGCCGGCUACCCAUUCCUGGUCUCUGAUUUCCUCCGUGAGCCCGACGAUGCCUUACCGUCGACGGAGCUAGCAAAGGAUACUGAGCUGCGAGAAGCACUGUAUAAAUCCGCCGCAGCACAAUUACGGAGCAUGUAUAAAGGCAUGGGCAUGUUUGAUCACGCCCGAACCGAGGAGAGCACCGACUUUGAUGCUCUCGCGGGCUUGGACGCCUUCUUGAUUCAAUGGAGAUCGUUUCCCUCGUCGGACGUGUUCGCCCCAUGGGUGAGGGACAAACAGAGCGCGUCCGGCGUCUACGCAGCGCUACUCGAUUCUAUUCCCCCAGACGCCCAGGAAAAGAUUCAGGACCGCUGGCAUAGUCUCCACUCGGCUCUGUACGUUUUCGUCAAGUCCUCCAUGGCGAACAUGGUCUUGACUUGUCUGGGGGACAGGUCGGAGAUGGCGCAUAGCAUCGAGGCGCGUCUCCCGUUUCUGGACCACGAGCUGGCGGAGUACGUUAACGGUCUUCCGCCGAGUGUGAAGAUGAGCUACCGGGCCCCAGACCCUGUAGGCGUCAACGACGAUGGCGGUGACAAGAAGAAGGCGCCUCAAAGCUUGUUCUGGGAGAACAUGGCUGCCGUGCGAGACAGGAUUAUUGAUAAGAAGGUCUUGCGGGAGGCUGGGCGACCGUUUAUUACGGAUGAGAUUUACAACCGCAAGAAGCACCCAUAUUCGUCUCCGUGGAAAUGGCCCGUUGACGGGCCGAUAUAUCGAAUGUUUCGGAGUUUACUGACCAAAGAGGCUGUUGACCGCCUCGGAUUCGUCGACUUUGGGGUUAUUUCUCGAUGCCUCGAUGCUGCUUUUGGCGAUGCUGGCGACUCCGUAUCGUUUAGGAAGUUGGUGGUUGUGGGUGCUUGGGUGGUUUUAAGCCAGAGGUUUGGCGUGAAGUCGGCCGUACCUCGUACGUAGGCCGAUAACAGCGCCGAGAAGACAGACCAAAC